UCUGGGUGAAAACAGUGAGAACUAGAGGGCUCGUGAAAACCUAUUUGGUGGGAGGGCAGUCCCAAUUCACGAUGUAAACAAAAGGCCAUCAAGCCAAGUGUUGAUGGAAAGCGAAGAAACUCCAAGACAACAACUAUAUUAGUAACAUUAACCUAUCACCAACAUAUUAAUUGAUCCAACAAGAUGCGCUUGACACUUGUCUUAUGCCGAUAUCCUAAAUGUCCGCCCAAUGGCAAUAUUUGGAUUGGGAAGAAUAAGAUGGUGCGCAAGGUUCUUCCCAAACACAUGGAUCAGAUGAUGAACAAUGUGGAACGAGAAAAGCGAAACAUGGCCAUCCUCCUGAAGCCUUUCCUCACCAAAGAACAAGAAGCUGAAUGCAAUCAGACCUUAGUCGAGGAACAAGGGGAUGCUCGAGCUCUCUGGUUCAAGAUGAGGAAAGAGCGAGUUGAAAGCAUGGUCAUGGCCCCGGUACCUCUAAGUGAACAUUUCAAGUCGCUGAAUAAAGAAUACAAGUGGUAGCUAGUGGAAUUUUAGUGGUUAGUCUCGAGUCAAAUACAAUGAUAUUGUUAAAGAAAAA